GUAGCAGAGUCUCCUGUAAUGGAGUUAAGGGAUGAGCUGACAGGCUAGUGGAAAAUCCCAGUGUAGUGUAGCAGCAACAAUGUUGCAAAGUGAGGGGAGGUCUUAGGCUCACCUAAUAUAAACGAAGUUCUGGAACAAUCUGGCCUCUUCCACCUGGGAUUUUGCAAGGAGAAAGUUUUGCCAUUCUUCAAGCGAAAAUGUCUAGAUCUAAGAGAAGUGCUGCGGUGCCCAUUCGCUUCAGGGAGUCCCCUGGGAGAUCCUUGAGGAGUGCACCUGUAAUUGAAGAGGAGGAUGAGGAUGUGGUGCCACCAACUCCGGAGAAAACAAGGCCAGUAUCAUCUGCUUUAACUCCUAAUGUUGUGGUCUCUAACCCCCCAGCCCCUGAACUUGCACCCGCCGGGCCCGGUACUGUGAUGGUUGCGGGACAGGCGGGUGCAGUGAGCGCUGGCCCAUCCGGCCUAGACACGGCUUUGGAGGCAGGCCUGGGGGCCCUUACGGCCUCCGGAAUGUCGCCGGAGGCGGCGGCGGCCAUAGUGGGCAUGUUUAAGGCCCUCACGGCCGCCGUUCUGCCUCCGGUGGCAAGCCGGGUGGAACCGGGGCCUACCGCCCCUCAUUAUCCCCCUCAAUUGGGCCGGGGGCCUGGGGACCCUCAUCAGGCAGGGCCCAGUAUGGUAAAUCAUCCGGCCGGGUCCCUAGGGCCCGGCACGGAUGCCUCAUUGGUGGCUCAGUCGGUUACUGGAGCGGGGCCUGCGGGUCCUCGCCCACUCACCGGACCGCCGCUAUCAUUGGUGGCUCAGUCGGAGCCUGCAACUACCAGUGCAGGCUCCGGUUGCGGCCUUGCGUCCGCCGCGUCCAUUUCCGGCCGGUCAGGUGACACGCGUGACGUCACUUCCGGCGCCGCGGUAGUCACACGGCCGGAACCUGGAUCAGAGCGGCACAUCCAGCGAGCGCGCAAGAGGCCUAGCCGGGUACUCUCCACAGGUGAGGGGGGAGUAUCCGGGCGGGCCUGCUCCGCUGCGCGACACUCUGCAAUAGCUAGCAAUGCAAACAGAGCAAGUCCCUUACAGAGAGGCCGCGGCGCGCAGAGAGGGAGGCUCAGGGGUUCCAGUGUUAGCAAGCAGGCUUAUGGGAGAGCUAGAAGCGCAUUGCUGGAGCGCCAGUGGUAUCACAGGGGGGGUGCCAGCAGCAACUAUGUACCCCAAACAAGGGUGAAUGCGCCCACUGAUGGGGCACAGGGCGAGUCGCUAGGCACAAUAACUGCAGGGGUCCAAGGGGGCAAAGGGCUUGUUGCGGCAGGUGCUCAGAACGUUCAUUCAGUCAGGGAGCGUGUGGUCAGAGAAUCCCCCUAUGUGGCAGGGCCAGCGAAUGAAUGGAGUGGUGAUAUGAAUGACGAGAGGGCUAGAGGGGUCCCAGACAGGGCCGGGGGCAGUACUUCUACCCCGAUUGGGGGCGGCAGUCAAGGGGGACACACGGCUGGCCUGGAUACUCCCCUCUCGUUUGUUUCUCCCCCACAGGACAUGGUGCCUACACCGCAGAGGACAGAGGGCCCGGGUACAACGGGAGUAGGACUAUCUGUACAGCCAGCAGGCGGAUCAGUGGCAGCUGCACCAGGAACAUCUACCCCGUCAACAUCGGCAGUUGUUGGCGGGGCAGGGAGGUCCAUAAGGCACCUAGUGAGGGCAUCCCUGGCGCAGAACACGUGGAGAGCUUAUUCACAGCACUGGGGCGAGUGGGUAAGUUACUGUUACGCACAAGGCGCAGCGCCGGAAAGGGUCUCGAGGGAUCUGUUCUUGGAGUGGCUGGCAGAGAAACAUGGGCAAGGGACUUCGAAGGGCGCUAUAUCCAAUAGAAUAGCUGCAAUCUCCUUCUUUUGCAAUAUGCUAGAGUGGCCCAAUAUCACGAAAGGUUUCCUGGUGAAGCAAGUGAUUAAGGGCUGGGGAAGGCUCGAGGGUAGAGCGAAAGAUGCGCGCGAACCUGUCACAUUUUGUAGGCUAGCCAGGCUGGUGGACGCAAUCGAGGGCAUUUGCGUCGAACCCGGCGAAAGAGAACUGUUUCAGUGCGUAUUCUCCUUGGCGUUCUUUGCGGCCCUCAGGCCGGGCGAGCUGGUCGCAACCUCAAAGGAUGCAAUUAACACGGGUAUGCAGUUGGCUCAUGUCAAACUGGCGGGCGAUAAUUUGUUAUUGUUUAUCCCGCACUCGAAGACUGACCAGGAGGGGAAAGGGGUGUGGAUCACUCUGACUCCCUCGGCAUCAGGCGUCUGCCCGGUUGUGAGUACAAGGGCCUACAUGGCGCAGCGACCACGGGCCCCCGCCCAGUUCUUAGUGCAUUCCGACGGUUCGAAUCUCUCCCGGUACCAGUUCGCAGCGGUGCUCAGAAAGGUAGCGCUUGCAGCAGGUUUGGGGAAGUGUAGAAUCACCCCCCAUUCCUUCCGAAUAGGGGCUGCCACCAGCGCGGCCGCGCUAGGUUGGAAAGGAGAUCGCAUACAGAAGUUGGGCCGAUGGAGGUCCCAAUGUUACAAGUCUUACGUGCGCCCUCCAGCUGAAGCCUAGGGGGUAUUCGGUGUAGGAGGAAGGAAACUGGCGUUUUACAUUUGUUUGGUUGUGUUGUUUAGUUUUAGUCUAAGGUGAUUGACUAUGUAAUCCGUUUUUCAGGUGUGGCUACAGGUCCUUCUCGUAUCUGGAUAAUAGGGCACUCCUACGUGCACUGGGCGGCACUGAAGGCCCAUUCUCUUCCUGAGGGGCAGCAGUUGGGGAUUCCGACGUCUCAGGCAUCAAUAC